CCACACUGAUUUUCCGCCGCUUCAGUUUCCAUAGAAGCAUCGCGGUGUUAGAACGUGUUGCUUUGAGUUCUGAAAAGUGUUUAACAAAACCAUAAACUGCAGGAGUUAGAGCAGAGAUCAUGGCCGGUCGAGUGUGGAUACUGUUUCUGCUGGCAAUAUCAUUACCCGAUAAACUGCUGGCAAUCACCAAAGUCAAUGUCACCGAAAGUACAUCAACAGCAUCACGCAUUGUCAACCCUAUCCCGUCACAAGUGUUGAUCCCGCAGCCGACCCAAUACCAAUGCACUUCUCGGAUGGAGUCAGCCCUCAGCUCCAUGUCCGCCCGGAAGUCCUCCUCAGGUCACACCUCAACCCUCGAGCUGGCCGGCUAUGCCCUUCAUCAACCCUUGAAAGCAGCGCCCUACGACAUGUAUGUCACAGACAUGAGGAUCAAGAUUCCUGGCCGGACCCACAAUUGGGCGAAAGUCGAUAGGUGCAGGUUUGAUCCCAGCUUGCACACGUUGCAGAGUAGGAUGGUGUUCAGGGAUUUGGCCGUCACAGGUAUGGUGAAGCUGUACGACGAGGCGGCUCCGUUGAAACGACCGAGCGCGCCGAUCACGGACAAAUGUCGGAUGACCAUCCGACUCCGUCGGGCGGGUGUCGGCUUCACGACAGUCCCGCGUCGGUCCCGCAACGGUGUGCUAGCAGUCACGACAACGGCCACCUUCCUCGAGCCACAGUUCGUGAGUGUUCACGCCUACAGCUGUGACGCACCCGAGAACUCCAACAAACGGACCACCGACGGACCUGAAGCCAGGGACAGCAGUGCGGACGGCGAAAACGACCUCGGCCAGGAGAUGGAGCAGGUCUUCCUCAAAGGGAUUCGCUCCUUGAUAACCAACUACAUGGAGAAACAAAUGGAGCAAGCUCUCAGAGAUACCCUCAUGACUAACUUGGGGUACAGUGUGUCAUACGGAAGGUGAUAGGUAGGAUUAACAUGAGUGAAUAAUCAAACUAAAGCUCAUUACAAAGUAAGUUAGGAAGUAGCUCACCGUACGUUUAUUUAUCAAGCAUCUAUUAUUUAUUGGAUCGGUCUAAUGGUCUAUGAUGAAUUAUCUUAGAAGAAGCAUACUUUUUGUUAUAAUUUAUUUUAUUGAUUUGAUGAGUUUCAUAACGCGCAUAGCAAAUCAAGUGAUAAUUGUAAGAAAUCGCAUAAUACAAAUAGGGUACCUACAUCAAAUCUUGAUUUUUCUUGAGCUUGAUUUUUGAAGCUUGAGUAAUGAUUGAGUUUUCAAUUUAAAGAGUAGAAAUUUUUAUUUAAUUUUAGCGUAGUCGGUUCCUUACAUUGGUCAAGUAUAAUGUAAGGAACUGACAACGCUAAAAUUGAAUAAAAAUUAUUCUCUUUAAAUUGAACGUUUAUUUAAUAAAAGUUAAUCAUUAAGCCGCGUUUACACCAAAGUUAUUAACAAAAUGUUAUAAAACUUGAUCCUUAUAGAUUCUAUUAGAUUGAACGUAACUUAUCAUACACAUGAUGGACAUAUGUGUUUGUCAAGUUCCGUUCAAUCAAAUAGAAUCUAUAAGUAUUAAGUUAUUAACAUUUUGUUAAUACACCUAGUAAACCCUAGCAUUCAUAGCACAUAGGCAAGUAUAUCGGUCACGUGAUGAUAAAGUAUAAUGUUUUCAAUAUGAACUGCAAAGUGGCAAAAUGACUAGAUGAAACUUCCAUAAAUUUGAAAUGGUGAAGAUUUCUCCAACAAUGAUUAUUUAAUUUUUAAUUAUGUAAGACAUCAGAGGUGAUUUAUAAAUUUUUGUUUUUUACCCAUUAGUAAGUAGCCUACUAAUAAGUGCUAAUAAGGUAGCACUAAUUAGUAGGCUACUAAUACUGCAAUGUUUGUAAGAACAAACAUUACUAUGUAAAUAUUAAAUCACUACUCAGCAAAUACUGUUCUAAGUAAUCAUCUGUAAUGAUUCCCAAUACCUGGGAAAAACAAAGCUGGACAACGUUGUAGUAAUUCUUGUUUCUUGUAAAAGCUCUUUGAUUCUUGUUGUAAAAACAGUACAUAUUCUACAAACAAUUAGAAUAAGUAAUUUAUUUUAGAUUUAAGCAAGCUUUAAUUAUUUACUGUAUAUAAGAUAGAAUACUGUAUGAAAUGUAAGUAAUAAAUUAGAGUAGAUUAAUUUAUAUUAAAGACCGUUAUUACUCUGAAUAUUUUACAACCAUCCAGCAAAUAUAUUUUGUACCAGAUCUGUAAAAAAAUGUUUUAUCCAAUUACAGUAUUUUCAAAUGGGCCUAUCAAUACUCAUGUAGCCUAUCCGUGGGAAUUGUAGUAUCUUAUAUAAUUCUACUAGGCCUAUCAGUAGAUUUUUCAUAAAAUUUACAGUUUUUUUAUGUAUUGUUUGAUCAGCUCAAUUAUCGAGAGCAGUUCCGGCAAUGUGUUAUGAUUAAAUGUAUUGAUGAUGUCUUAUUCAUCAUAUCGGUCCAUUUAUUAGCAAUCAAUAUAAGAUAUAACAAUAAAGUCUAUCCUUCAUAUUUCUAAUUUUGUAUAACUUAAUUUUUGCUUUAAACAUCCAUGAAACUUCAACAAUUGUAAAGCAUUGACAAUUCAAUUGAAAGACUAACAACCUAUGCAUUGUUUCCCGAAGCAUAGCAAUGAAUGGAAUUGGUUGAGCAACUAGCAAAAUAGUUUUAGUUCACACUGAAGUACAUAAAAAGCAAAAAUGUAAACAAUGUUUCAAAGAAGAAUCAGGUGUAACAAGAAGAGUAUAAACAAAAAGCAUAACCGACGGCUUUCUACUUUCUCCUUUUAAUUAUGGUCAAUAAGCGUGACACAAGCCUAACAGAUAAAUCUCUUCAUUUUACUCUCAUAAAAGGAAAUUGAAAGUGCAGUUUCAGUGCAUUUACUGUGCAUUACUGGAGUAUUACAUCACAUAAUAUUAACCACCGGUACUAUUUACUCUGAUAAGAAACUGAAGGUUUUUUUAAUAUUCGUUCAUCAACAAAAUAUACGGUACGAUAACUUUGUUGAAACUCUUAUGCAUGAUAGAACUCAAGUGAAUGGUGACACAUUUUUAAUGGUUAUUAACACUUUAAAUUUGAUAGACAAAUUAUUUCUGAUGAAAAACUAAGAAUUUACAAAUUAGAAAAAUACUUUACGCAUCGACGGAAUAUCGUUAAAAUUUCCAUUCUCAUGCAUCAUAGAAACCAAGUAAAAAUGUUGAGAAAUUUUAAUGGAUGACAAUAAUUAUCUUGUUUUCAAUUACCAGACCAAAAAUACAUAAAACUAUACUAUAUAGGGUUUGAAAGACCAAUUCCAAUCUUUGUAUUAUUUACAGUGUAAAUCAAUUAGUUACAAUAGAUACAGGAAUCUGGUUGAAGUGUAAGUAAUAUAAGAAGUUGGUUGAGGAGGAUUUGUUUAAAAGAUUUAUCAUUUUUGAGAUUUGCAGGUACUGUUUAAUGUUUGUUUAUAGCCUAUAUUCGUAGAUUUGGGAAUCAAAUAGAAUAAAGUUGAAGAAGAUUGUGGAUCUUGGGAAGAAUUUUGAUGAAAAUUAAAUAAGAUUGCAUAAAGAUGAUGAAAAAUAUACAAAAGAAUAAAAUUAUCCAUUACGAAUAAAUUGAUGAUUAUUCCAUAAUUUAUUAUUUGUACUCUUACUUUUAACAUCUUAAUGGUUAUGAAUUUGAUUAAUUGAAUUAUGUACAAAUAGUAUUUUUUCCAUUAUUUUCAAGAAAAUAGAUCUCACACAGAAUUGUGCAAAAACAUUUAUACAUCUAAAAAUACUAAGAUUUAUCAUUCUGAAAUAAUCAGAAGUGUAACUCUACAUAGAAAUAAUCAUAAGUGGUAUACUACUUCAUAUAAUUAUGUAGUGAGAACAUGAAGAAAACACAUUAAAUUGUAUAAAUAAUGUAUUUUUUUCAAAACUUCAUCGGGUUUGAAUGCUUUUUAACCGAUCUAAUCCAACAUCAAAUACUAUAGCCUACUGAUACUAGAAUGAGAAAACUAAACUCGAAAAAAUAAUACGGUACCCAAUUUAUGUAAAUUGAGAUUGAAUAAUAUGGAAAUUUGAAUAUUAGCAAAUAAUUUAUUAGGAGCAGUAUGUGAAUUAUUGAAAUAUUCUAAAAUACUAGUUAGGCACUAGUGGUAUUCUUGACUUCUAUAAUAAUGUUCGGAUUCACCUGGUGCAAAAUUUUAAAUAUUUCAAAAAUUGUACACAACUUGAGAUUUGCUUUUAUAUUUUUGGAAGAAUUGUAUAAUUAGAAAAUCAUUGAAUGUUCGUUCACCAACUUGAGACUCAUUUUCUAUUUUUGGAAGAAUUGUAUAAUUAGCAGAUCACGACUCGUUCACCAACUUCUUGUAAAAAGUAGCGAGAAAAAGUAUAGCAGCGCUCACUCUCACAGUGAGUGGUCUGUUCAAUACUCGAAUGGAAUUUCAAGAGUGUUUCAUCAAAAUAGUCACUCAUCUUUCAGCUUACAAAAAAUGUUAUGAUACAAAUGGACUAUGUGCUCCAAUAGUUUUUCAAUUAUCCUAUAUUAUAAUGCUGUUUAUCAAUUACUAUGUUGUAUCUUGAUUUCAUCUAAAUAAUAAAAUAAUUGAUCUUUAA